AUGAAGUUCUCUAUCAUCCUCGCCGCCGCCGCCUCGGCCGUCGUCGCUCAGGACCUCUCUACCCUCCCCAACUGCGCUGUCGAGUGUCUCAGCUCUGCCAUUGCCUCUUCCGGCUGCAAGGGCACCGACAUCGCUUGCCAGUGUGGCGAGAAGAAGACGGCCAUUGCAAACGCCGCUACUCCUUGCCUGCUUGCCCAGUGCACCGACCCUAACGACCUCGCUAAGGCUGCUACCAACGGCGAGGCUCUGUGCAAGAACGUCAGCUCCGCUGUUCCGUCUGCUACUCCCUCCUCCGCCGCCCCGACCGCCACGCCCACCGGCAACUCUUCGGCACCGGCCUCUACCACCAAGCCCGCCACUACUACUGGAGUCCCCAAGACCAACGGCACUUCCUCUGUCUCCCCCACCUCUUCUGCCAGCGGCACCGGUGCCAACAGGACCCCCAGCAGCACCACCGGCGGCUCUCCCGCUGCCACCUCACCUGCCGGCUCUGGCGCUGCAGCUGUCACUAUCGGCGCAGGCGCUCUUCUUGCCCUGUUCGGUGCCGUCAUUGCUCUGUAA